AUGGAAGUUAAGAGAGUACAAACCUUGGCUUUUAACCAGUUGAAGGAGCUUCCACCACAAUUUGUUCGUCCAGAUAAUGAAAGACCAGAGAACACCAAAGCAUUGGAGGGUGUUAAUGUGCCUAUCAUCUCAUUGUCUCAACCGCACCAUCUUUUAGUGACAAAAAUCACUGAAGCUGCUUCUGAGUGGGGUUUCUUUGUCAUCACUGAUCAUGGUAUUUCGGCGAAACUCAUCGAAAAUUUGCAGGAUGUGGGUCAAGAGUUCUUUUCUCUACCUCAAAAGGAGAAAGAGGUGUAUGCAAAUGAUCCAUCUAGUGGUAAGUUUGAUGGGUAUGGGACCAAGAUGACCAAGAACUUAGAAGAAAAAGUUGAAUGGGUGGAUUAUUAUUUUCAUCUCAUGUCUCCUCCUUCUAAGGUUAACUAUGAGAUGUGGCCCAAAAAUCCUUCUUCCUACAGGAAGGUAACAGAAGAAUACAAUAAAGAGAUUUUAAGGGUGACAAACAAUCUCUUGGAACUUUUAUCUGAAGGGCUAGCAUUGGAGAGUAAUGUUUUGAAGUCUUGUUUGGGAGGUGAAGAAAUAGAAUUAGAAAUGAAGAUAAAUAUGUAUCCACCUUGUCCACAACCUGAACUGGCAUUAGGAGUUGAGCCUCACACUGAUAUGUCUGCUCUUACCCUACUUGUCUCAAAUGAUGUUCCAGGCCUUCAGAUUUGGAAGGAAAAUGGCUGGGUGGCGGUAAAUUACUUGCAAAACGCACUCUUUGUGCACAUUGGUGACCAACUUGAGGUGUUGAGUAAUGGGAGGUACAAGAGUGUAUUGCACAGAAGCUUGGUGAACAAGGAACGCAAGCGCAUGUCGUGGGCUGUAUUUGUUGCUCCUCCACACCAAGUUAUGGUUGGGCCUCUUCCUCCACUUGUCAAUGAUCAAAAUCCGCCUAAAUAUUCAACAAAAACCUACGUCGAGUACCGCUAUCGCAAAUUCAACAAAAUUCCACAAUAA